AUGACGGUGGAUCAACAAGGAGUAAUCAUUCAGCUUAGACAAAAGUCACCUAAUGGUGGAGAUACCAGUUAUAGAGAUUCUACUAGUGGAAAGCAAAUUACCGUAAAAAGAACUCCAUUUCCCAACCCUCCUGGAAAAUAUUCUACUCAAGACUUCUACAAGUAUAAACAUUCCCUGAAAACUGGGGGACAAACAUUCAACCUAAAAGCAAUUCAGGAUGACACUGAUGUGGUAAUAAGUGUUAAGAGAGUUAAAGACGUUUCUAAUGUAGAAAGUGUUUCUGCUUAUUACUGGAAGCAUGAAGUAGGUCCCGGUAGGAAACCUACUAAAGUUUUCAUAGUAGGAGUUACCACCACUGGCAAUCCAACUGCCUAUUAUACUAAGAGUGGUUAUAAUCCUCAAUGGUAUCUUGUUUCUCCAUCCAAACUCGAUUCUGAAAUCCUUGAGGCCAAACUAGAUGGCCUAAACUGUUCACUCAACAACACAGCUACAAUUAACCUUACAAAAGACGCCUACACAGCAGGGAAGAGGUACUGUUGUCACAAGCAUAGUGGCCAAGGAAAAAUUACCGUCACUCCUGUACCCAUUUUCUGUAAGGAGAAUAAGAAUAAAAGUCAUACCACAGCAUAUAAACAUGAGAUUAAUACUGGUGAUUUCCAACUUGCCGAUAUCGAGUACUACUUAAAUGGUAUUCCUAGUCGAAGGAAGAAGAUAAAUAUUCCUAACCUUAACUUACCUACAAAACGGCCAGUAAAUGUUACAGUUUAUGCUUUUUACUCUAAGGACAGUACAGAUCCAAAACUUAUAUAUGUGGAUUCUGAUGGAGAACCCAAUGUUAAAGGCUGGUACAAGAAUAACGGUAGUAAAGAUAACAAUGAAGAGUGGAUAAAUUUCUCUGAUAUAAGCGAGAAUACAACACCGGAAAGUAUCACAAACUGUAAGGACAAUAACUGGUCCCGACUUGUGAAUGAACUACAGAAGGAGGAAUCUACAGGCUUGAAAGAAUGUAAUCAAGCAACUCCUAUUCCUUCACCUGAAACAGAUGCUCUUCCCAUUCCUCCUUUACCUUAUGAAGUUGUAGUAGAAAACCGGAACAUUCUACCUACUAGUCCAGUUCCUGGAGCCACUCCCAUGACUACAGAUCAAUUUACUAUUCCCUCUUCUACUAUUGAAGCUCUUAUUAAUGCUCUGUCUCAAUCUAAAACCGCAGUCCCCCCUGAGUUAUCCACUACCACCAUCGUUGGAUCAUCUGUUGGAAGUGGAAUCGGUGGAACAGGGUUGGGUGGUCUUGGAGCCUGGGUCUGGUACAAAUAUUUCUUUGACCCUGUGGUACGCCUAAUAUGA